GCAAUAAGUACCAAGCGAAUAACUACAAUUAGAUAAAGCCUUGUUCUUCUUCUUCUUCUCCGAUCGCUGGUUCUAGGGUUUGUUCUCUCUCGGCUCUCUUUGAUCGUUCCAUUGAUUUAUGAGUUUUGAGUUUCUGGGUUUGUUCGUAUUGAUUGGAAUCAAUCAGGGCAAAGAUUAAAGUUGAUAACUUUGAAGAGGAUGCAACCAAACCAAGUGAAGAGGGACACGAAAGAGAUGGAAUUUUUCACAGAGUACGGGGACGCUAACCGAUACAGGAUUCUAGAAGUUAUUGGCAAAGGAAGCUAUGGAACUGUGUGUGCAGCUAUUGACACACACACCGGAGAGAAAGUUGCUAUCAAGAAGAUUAAUGAUAUCUUUGAGCAUAUCUCUGACGCGCUUCGGAUCCUCCGUGAGGUUAAGCUUCUUCGGCUCCUAAGGCAUCCUGAUAUAGUGGAGAUCAAAAGCAUCAUGCUUCCUCCUUCCAAGCGAGAGUUUAAAGACAUCUAUGUCGUGUUUGAGCUUAUGGAAUCGGAUCUUCAUCAAGUUAUUAAAGCUAAUGAUGAUUUGACUCGUGAUCAUCACCAGUUUUUCCUUUAUCAGAUGCUUCGUGCCUUGAAGUUCAUGCAUACAGCUAAUGUUUAUCAUCGUGAUCUUAAGCCAAAGAAUAUACUGGCAAAUGCAAACUCCAAGUUGAAAGUUUGUGACUUUGGAUUGGCUAGAGUAGCGUUUAAUGAUACUCCUACAACAGUCUUGUGGACGGACUAUGUUGCCACAAGAUGGUACAGAGCGCCUGAGCUCUGUGGAUCAUUCUUUUCUAAGUACACUCCAGCUAUAGACAUUUGGAGCAUCGGGUGCAUCUUUGCAGAGGUAUUAACAGGGAAGCCAUUGUUUCCGGGGAAAAGCAUUUCUCAUCAGUUGGAGUUGAUUACUGAUCUUCUUGGCACACCAAAACCAGAGACGAUCUCUGGAGUUAGAAAUGAUAAAGCUAGAAAACAUUUGAGUGAGAUGAGGAAGAAAGAUCCAGUCUCCUUCUCUCAAAAAUUCUCAAGAGCUGAUCCUUUAGCAAUCAGACUUUUGCAGAGACUGCUGGCUUUCGAUCCAAAGGAUAGACCAACUGCUGCAGAGGCACUGGCUGAUCCUUACUUUAAGGGUCUUUCUAAAGUGGAAAGAGAACCUUCAUGUCAGCCAAUAUCGAAGAUGGAGUUUGAAUUUGAGAGAAGAAGGUUGACAAAGGAUGACAUUAGGGAGCUUAUUUACAGAGAAAUACUGGAGUACCAUCCCCAGUUGCUCAAGGACUAUAUGAGCGGAUCUGAGGGAUCAAGUUUUGUAUAUCCUAGCGCCAUAGGACAUCUUAGAAAGCAGUUCAAUUACCUAGAGGAAAAUAGCAGUAGAAAUGGGCCGGUCAUACCUCUUGAGAGGAAGCACGUAUCACUUCCUCGGUCUACAGUUCACUCAAGUGUAGUUCAUUCUACCAGUCAACCCAACUUGUGUGCGACAGAGAGUAGACGUGUUUCUUUCGAGCCUACAAGAGGUGGAGUUGAUCCUGCAGGACAUCCACCAACUAGAGCUUUAGGACCUCCACCAAGAGUACCACCAUCAGGUAGAGCAGGACGUGUUGUGGAAUCAGUUAGUUAUGAGAAUGGCAGGAACCUCAAAGAAGCUUACUUCAGAAGCGCCGUAUCAUCUCCUCACUGCUACUUCAAGGCAAACACCAUGAUGAUGCACCCAAAUAACAGCAACGCAGAAGCUUCGUUUCGAACAAAACCGCAAGAAUUCGUCACCGUGCCGCCACCUGCUAGGACUAACCAAACAAACGUCGAGGUUGUGAACCGCCCAAACCCUUAUUCUCAAUCACAGCUCCCCAAUACAGAACAAUCAAACAACAACAACAACAACAUGGCCAUCGAUUCUAAGCUGUUGCAAGCACAAUCACAGUUUGGUCCUGCAGUUGCAGUAGCAGCACACCAGAACAUAGGCACAGUUGGUUACGGCGCAGCAUCUUAG